CGGAAGCUUGUCGUUCCGGGCUGUUACCCGGGCUCCGCUCUAGCCGCCAAACUUCCGCUUCUACUGUUCUCUGUAGCCGCGGUCCGGAGCUGAGAGCGGGUUAGAGGGCGGGACUUCCGGGCCAGGGCGCGUGGGUCAGCAAGGGCUGCACCAGGAAGUCUUGCUCCUCAUUGUUCAAGAAAUGUCUUCACUUUCAGACUAUGCCUUGCGCAUGAGUCGUCUGAGUGCCCGGCUCUUUGGUGAGAUUGCCAGACCAACUGACUCCAAAUCCAUGAAAGUGGUGAAACUUUUUAGUGAGCAGCCUAUGGCUAAGAGGAAGGAGACCUACGACUGGUACCCAAAUCACAACACAUAUUUCGCACUCAUGGGCACACUCCGUUUUCUUGGCCUCUACAGAGAUGAGCAUCAGGAUUUUAAGGAUGAACAAAGGCGUCUAAAGAAACUUCGUGGAAAGGGCAAACCAAGGAAAGGAGAAGGAAAAAGAGCAGCGAAAAGGAAAUAAGUGUUAGCCAUCAAGACAGAAAAUUUCUUCCUCGGUGACUAAGAGAAGAAAGCACAUUUACUGUCUUUCCAUGUAUCAGAGGACUCUCAUCCCCUUCAGGGAAGGUUAUCUGGAAAGCAGUCGUUCGGUGUAGAAAUUAAUCCAGCUCUCCUGUGCCUGGUUUCUUAAAUACAUUCUAAUUCUACAAAAUCAUUUCAGCCUUGGUUUUGUAAUCUGAGGUUUACCUAGUUCUCUAGUGGGAUAAAUUUAUAAUUUAUUGUUUAGGGGCUGGUUUGGAGUGGGUAUGGGUUGCUGGGGGACUGGAGAAGCAGCCUCAUUAAACGAAUGCCGAGCAGUGUC